AUGUUGGAGCUUUUAUAUGGCAGAAUGUUCAAAACUUGUGCUUUGAUCAAGCUGCCUUCCAUCCUGCUCCUGGGGGCGAUCUAUGUGGCUUAUGUCAUGGCUGGGGGGGCCAUUUUUUGGGUCCUGGAGGGGAACACUGUCCAGCAGAAAAUGGACCGUCUUCAAGAGGAGAAGAACGAAGUUCUAAGAAAGUUUGCUUGUAUUGACCAGGCAUCGCUGGAUGGCCUGGCAAAGGUUAUCCUUCAGGCCACCAAGAGUGGGAUCAGCUUGAAAGGGAAUCAUACAGUGGAUGGGUUCUGGAAGUACACCAGCUCUGCAGCGUUCGCUGCCACUGUGGUCACCACUAUAGGCUAUGGAAACAUGAGCCCCAGCACGGUCAGUGGGCAGAUCUUCUGUGUGUUCUUCGCUCUGUUCGGGAUCCCCUUGAACGUGGUGGUUUUGAACAGGAUUGGCAAGUACAUGAUCGCCAUAGAGGAGCACCUCUGUGACUUCAUUGGGAGCAAGAUCAACUACAGGAGAACCACGCAGUGGACGAUGCGGACGAUCUCCGUCGUGUCGGGUAUGGUGACAUUUUUUGUCGUGCCCAUGAUGCUGUUUCACCAGUAUGAGGGCUGGAGCUACUUGGAGGGCAUGUACUACUGUUUCAUCACGCUAAGCACCAUCGGCUUCGGGGACUACGUUGCAGUCAGUAACCCCGACCGCUUCUACCCUGACUGGUAUGCCAAGAUCCUGGCAGCCUGGAUCUUCUUCGGGCUGGCGUGGCUGGCUCUGCUCAUCAACCACGGCAUCAACGGCCUGGAGCAUUUCAGCAUCUUCAUCAAGCAGAGGCGGGCACAUUUCUUGGAGAAGAAGCUAGCUGGGCAGGCAGGCGAGGAACCCAAGGAAAAGACGACAGAUGUCACUGACUCAACAAGCCCGGAGAAGACUGAACAGGCCGGUGAGGUGUCAAAAGAAGCCGGGGAAGCUGUGAAAGACUGAGAGAAACUACCUAUAGAAACCAUCUGUAGGAGCACAGGGACAUCCUCCAUCUUGGAAAAGAGCACACCAUCUUCAUCUCCACAUUCUUUUCUCUCUCUCCUUUGAAAUACUUCUGAUAAGGUGAUAGUAAAAUGUUCUCUUUCUGCUCCAGAAAUAAAACUUAUAUUGAGGGCAACUGCAAAUGUUUAGAAGCCUAGUUGUAGCAGAGACAGCAAAGGCACAGAAUGCAGAAACAACUCAUGUGCAUUGUUUGGGAUUUGCAUUUGGUAGGGGAAUGUUUUAAAAGUAUAGACAGUCCACCAGCUGUUCACUGGGGAUUUGUGGCUGUCAGUAAUUGUUACUGGAAUUCGUCAGGAAACAGAGGGACCCUUAAAAAGAAAGAAAAUGCAGUUCUGGCAACUCACAGAAAUCUAAGAGUCAUUAAAGCAAAACUGCUUCUUGGAGAAGAUGAAUACUCUUAAUUAAUUAAAACCUGCUAAUGCAGAAGCGUUAGUCUAAAACAACAUGUAUGUAAAACCUGGAUUUGACUAUUAAAGACAACUAAAGCCACUUAGACUCCUCAAUCACAGAGUAGGAGCCACUAGGCAAACUCCAGGCCCUCAGACCACAAAAGCCUAGGGAUCAAGAUGGAGUCAACAAUGAAAUGCUGAGAUACAGCUGACAGCUGGAAGUUAAAGUAAACUCUGCUCAAACAUUAAUCUCAUCCUUAGAACCAGGUGUUUCUCUAAGGUCAGGAAUCAAGGACUAAUGAUUUUUUACUGAUCAGCCACACAUCUGAUCACUAUAUAUAUACUCACUUAUUAAUUAAAAUGUCCAACAAAAAGUGAAGGAAAAAUAAAUUACACAUUGGAACGCAUAACCAGCUACACAUACAGUACCUUGGUCUGAUAAUCAGUUCAUCUGGGAGUUUUGACCUGGCAGUGAGGGCACUAAAGCAUAAGAUAUGCAGGGCAUUCUAUGCCAUAAGAAGGGAGUCUGCAAUAUCAACCCCCCACAAGAAUCUUACUCCAAAUAUUUAAAUAUGUAAUCUAACCCAAUCCAUUGCCCAUUGGUAGUGAAGUGUGGUGUAAAAAAAACCCCACAAGGUUCUACUGUUCCCACAGUAGAGCCCCCUGCACUGAGCUACACCGACACCAGCCAGCCUCAAGACAGCACUGUUUCAAUGCCACACAUCAGAGUCCACCAAAUCACAGCACAAGCACAAGCCAAACAACACUACCUCACCCACUGGCACACAAGCACAGCACAUGUUGGAAUACUGCUAACUCUAAAACUCUAAAAAACUGACUGAAUAGACAACACACAGUGGACAUAUAUUUGACAGCAAGGGGAAACAGACUCUGAUGAAGUAGUGACUCAGUGACCACAGCCUGAUCAAAAGCAGACCUGACUGUCCAGAGAGGACUACCUCAUUGACCACAGCCAUGCUGUGCUCCCACUGCCAGUAGGGAGAAGCACUGUGUGCUGCACUAUUCCAGAUUACAGGAAUAUUCUUCCCUAUAACAAUACAUCUAAUACCAGAUUUCCCAUGGCUACCAGAAUCACAACAACACUCAAUCCUACUCCAACAGAGCUGGCAGACUAGUAUGUCAUCUGCUGUCACAACUUGAGGAAGUGAGCUGUUGUAAUUCUUCAACAAAUUGUUAUGAUUUGGCAGCACUGUAAUUAAUCAGUAAAGCUCUUUGGUUUUGAGAGUCAGAGAUACAGUAUUCAGGUGCUAUACCUAUGAUAUUCAGUAAGAAUUCAUUAUGAAUUAUUAUCUUAGGACAAAAAAAGAUGGCUUAGAUGUCUGAAAUCUGAUGUGGGUGUUAUCUCCCAACCACUUGUCAUUCAAAAGAAGCCCAGUUCAGUUCAGUAGCUCCAAGAUAGACAUGCAGGUAUUGCAUUAAUCUGGCUUCAUGCAAAGGCUUGAAAUCCUAAUAUUAACUGACCAUUCAUUCAACAGUUAGUGCGAACUGAGGCAGCACUUCACUAAUAAAAUUGCUCUUUCUAUUCAGUCACUGGUAGGUUUGUGGUUUGUGUAGUAUUCAGUUACAUGUACACGAAUUUAUGAUUUCUGUGAUUUAAGAAAAUUAAAUUUAUAUUGGGACUACACAAGUGAUUAACUAGCCAUUUUGCUCCCCAAGUUCACCUGAAUAGAGAUCUGAGAGCUUUAUUAAAUUUCAACAAUUAUUUAAAAGUAGCUAGCAGAUGAUAGACACCAUGUUACCUAACUGUUUAACUCUCGGAUAUUACAUUUUCAGUCAGAAAAGAGUUUAGAAAAUACCUGUUUUAAGUCCCAUCUUUGUGUACACUAUGGGUGGCUGUGAUCUUACCUUUUUUAAGUGUUAUUAACUUUGGAACCAGCAAAUUAAAAGACAUUAUGUACCUGUCUUAAGCCGAGAAAUGACAUUAGUCAGACCAGGGGUAUCCAUUCCUGGCCCUGGAGUUACAGCUGCCAGUGUAUCUGCAGGUUUUCAUUCUUUCUCAGCUCCUCACAAGCUAAACCAGCUGGUUACCGGCUUUACUGGACCAGUUUAACAACACCUCCUAGAUCUGCAGGUGCUGAUAAAGAGACCUAAAGGACCUGAAGACACAGCGGUCAUCUAGGAGCAGAACUGAUCAUUUCGCACAGUUAACAAACAUGGGUGAAUGUAAAAUGUGACCGGUAAAAAGUGAUUAACAUGACCACUAGAUGGCGGUAUACCCUAUUGUCAUUAAAAGAAGUCAAUUUGAAUUUGAGAAACGGGAAACUGCCUGCAAUACAGUAGUUUUUCUUAAAUUUCAGUACAGUACUGUUAUUUUAGUAACCCAGCUCAUUCUGCAUCUGUGUCAUUGAUAAAAGGUAGGUAAUGAUUUCAUAAAAGGAACAAGUAAUAGGUUUAUUCCAUGAAAAGAGAAGAAAGAAAACAACAUUUUGACUGGAGUCUUCUUAGUGUGUCAACAGACGAGAGAUAUUAAUUCAAUCUGUCAUUACUCGAAUCAGGUCCAUCACAAUCUUCUCUGUUGUUGACCUAAAGAGGCAAUGAAGCUGAACAUUAAAGCUUAACCUGAAUGCUAUGGUGGGACUAAAUUCCUGCAUUUACAAUCCUCAAAGGGCUGUAGGAGACCUGUUGUUUAAGGCAAUAUCCUGGUUCAUUGCAAGAUAUAGCUAGAUGAGAUCCUCCUGUCAGGACAAGAGGAAUCUCUUUAUUAAAAGGGUUGUAGACAUCUGGAACAACAUACCCAGCCAUGUUGCUGAAGCUGUCUUCUUUCGAGAAACAGUUGGAUGGGAUCCUCUGAUCAAUUAAUUACCAAGCCUGCUAUUUGCCUGGACAUCUCUGAAGAUGAGAGGAAAUGCUCUGUGGAACCUAUUGCUCUGUAUAACCAAUUCCUCCUUCUCCAACAUAGCUUGUUUCAUUCUCCCACAACCCUUUGGGUAAGGAAGUGUUCUCGGUUUUUAAUACAUUUCCAAAACGUUUACGCUUGCAAGCUCUGGUUAAUUUUUCCUUCAUUCAUUAUGAAUGCCCCAGGUACUGUAAAUCUCACAGUACCUGAUGAAAAUGAUGAAUGCUCAAUGACAAGUGUGUUGGAGGAGAGCGUAUAGCGUUCUUAUUUCCCCAGAGGUUGCAGGACUGACACAGCUAUUGAUUCCAAAUUGGAAGAGGUUAGAAAUAAAAUACUUUGAAAUGUUCUUCACUAUUCUUUCUUCACUACUGGCUUCACUAUUAAAAAUGGUGUAGAUCUAGAUGGAAAUUGUAAGAUGGAAAACUUUAAAUGCUUCUUGAUGGCUUAAUCAAUUAAAUUGUAACUAACUCUACAAAGUUGCAGCUGCAUAUUCUAUGACCAAAUGUCAAAUAAGGAACACAAAUGUCAAUGAAUGGGUAAAUUUAUUUUGGUAUUUUUGGUGUGUUUUCAUGAUUGAUAAAAAUGUACUUUACUGUAUAUAUCCAAACUCAUUGCUUUUCAAAAUCGCAGUUUAGUCUGGGUGUUGCAAAUUAUUAUUUGUCAAUGAUUUUCU